ACUACAGCAAAAUUGCAGCAGUUUUGUUAGCCGGUCGUACAUAAUAAAGCGACAAUUAAUUAUUUCUUAAGGUACACAUCGCUGCAUCUAACACAUCGCAUACAAGCAUUUAAACAUGGAACAAGUCAGACACGCGGUACUAAGAAUGCGCGACUUCACAACUAAUUAUCGCGCGACUAAUAAAAAUAUUUAGUUGAAGUGAGGUGACAAGUGAACAAUGUUUUAUGAAAACUCAUUUGUGGGCACAUUUCUGAUAUGUAUAUGUACUCUCAAUUGUACACAGUCUGUUUCAGUACUCCAGGAUUUAGUCUGAAAUAGUCAGCCAGUUAUUACUGAAGAUAUUAUAAAUGUGUGAGCGGAAACGACUUUUGACGAAAUCCUGCACCACUAGAACAAACCAAAACCACUGGUUAAGGUUUUUAAAUUCAAUAUACGCACAAUAAGUACAGCACUACUGCAGUCUAAGGAAUAUACUAAAUAGGCUUAAUUUUUUACAAAGAAAAUUUUCAAAUUGUCACUCAUGUUCAGAAGGACGUAGACGGUGUAAACUUAUUUGAGAAAUCGCCAACCUCAGUAUUUUGAUAGUAUGGACAAGAAAAUGUCGACAUCUUCGCAGCCACGCAUAUUAAAAAAGAAACAUUUUCGUGUAAAACAUCAAAAAGUGAAGCUCUUUAGAGCAAAUGAACCGAUUUUGAGUGUUUUCAUGUGGGGCAUUAAUCACACGAUAAAUGAACUAAGUCAUGUUAAUAUUCCUGUGAUGCUUUUGCCUGAUGACUUCCGUGCAUAUUCAAAAAUUAAAGUCGAUAAUCAUCUUUUUAAUAAGGAAAAUAUGCCGUCACACUUUAAAGUAAAAGAAUACUGUCCUUUAGUAUUUCGAAAUUUGCGUGAAAGAUUUAGUGUUGAUGAUGUCGACUAUCGCGAAUCCUUAACUCGUUCGCAGCCAGUACGCAUUGAAUCAUCAGGAAAAUCGGGUGCACAAUUCUACCAAAGCUAUGAUAAAUUUUUCAUAAUUAAGAGCUUGACGUCGGAGGAAAUCGAGCGUAUGCAUGCGUUCUUAAAGCAAUAUCAUCCCUAUGUCGUGGAAAAGCAUGGCAAAACUCUCCUACCGCAAUAUUUGGGUAUGUACAGGAUAACUGUAGAGAGCGGACAAUAUUAUUUCGUGGUCAUGCGCAAUGUAUUCAGCUCACAUUUAACAAUUCACAAGAAAUUUGAUUUAAAAGGCAGUACGGUCGACCGCGAGGCUUCUGAAAAAGAGUUAGAAAAGCAUUUACCCACAUAUAAAGACAAUGAUUUUAUGAAGCAAAAAGUCAGAAUUGAAAUUGGGGAAGAAGCAAAAAAGAAGUUGUUGGACACGUUAUCAAGUGAUGUUGAUCUCUUAACAAAGUUACACAUAAUGGACUAUUCGCUCUUAGUCGGCAUACAUGACUGCGUUCGUGCUGAAGAAGAAGCAUUACAGGGAGAAAACUCCCAAGUGACUGGUCGUAGUGAAAACAGUGAGAGCGAGGAAUGUGAUAGCGGAGAAAGAUGGACUUACAAUACACCGCCAGAUUCGCCGCGUGGCGCACAAUACAAAGAAGUUGUCUACGAAGUUGACAUCUAUGCCAUUCCAAGUACUGAAGAAAGACGAGAAAUAUAUUUUAUUGCCAUUAUAGAUGUUUUAACGCAAUAUGGCGUAAAAAAGCAGGCCGCCAAGGCAGCUAAAACUGUGAAGUACGGAAGUAACGUCGAUGGUAUUUCUACAUGUGAUCCCGAUCAAUAUGCUAAAAGAUUUCUAGAUUUUAUGGAUAAAGCAAUCGAGUAAUUUCAUUAUCACGUUUUGUGUGUAUGCAGAAUCGCAUUUUUCGAUGAUCAUCUAAACAAUUAAGUGAAUUGAAAUAAAUUGUCAAUGGCUAUUAGUCGUCAUCCUAUGUAUGUAUGUCUAUAUACACCGUGCGAAUUAUAUAGUUACAUGCUUGCACCAUUUAAAUUGCGCUUUCUGAAAGUCCACUUAAAAAAAGAAUAUUUAUAUAUAUUUUAAUAUUAAUGCAGUGAUUUACAACUGCAGUGUUUUUUAUGCAAAGAAAAUAGAAUUACCACAUAGUAGUGGAAACAUUUAUCAUGGACUUAACAAGAGUAGGGUGCGGAAAUUAGUUGAAAAAUUAAGUAAACUAGUUAAUUUGUUUGAGAUACUACAUUAUUUUCUCGUGCUUUUGCUUUAAAAAUAGUGAAUACAUUCCAAAGGAUUUGGCGAACUGUAAGGUCUCAACCUGUAGCUAAAGGUAAAUUCAAAUACACUCCGUAACAGGAGGCUGAGGAUACCUUUGAAUAUUACUUCUAUUAUCAUAUAUUUAUAAAAAAGGAGUCGCCUCAUAUAUGUAUUGAGAAAAGCUUUUCACGUUUUAUGCCAUGUUACUUUUGAGUUCAAAUUUCAUCGUAAUUUUUCAUAUACUAACUUUUUUUUUACGUAAAUAUUUAUUACUUCGAUAAUAUAGGAUAUACUUAACAGCGAGAUAUUAAAUUCGCAUCUAAAACUAUAUUCGUAUUGUAAAUGAAAUUUUGUAAUGGAAAAUUUUGUUAACGUUGAAAAAAAAGUUUUACAAUAGAUGCUUUCCAUUU